CGGUAUGACUCGGUAUAAAAUCGUACAUCGUCGAAUCGCCAAUCGUUUCUGUUGUAGAAUCCCACAAUUUUGAAGUAUACUGUAAUGAUCAUGCUGCGAAACGUGUUAUUUUUCAACUUGCUUUUGUACGUAACUGCUUAUGUUGCGCUGGCUGCGCCGUGCGAAGACAUUAGCGGUCGUUGGGUCAGCAAAUUGGGAGCAGUGUUGGAAAUAGAUCAUUCGGCAAACGGAGUUUUGAUUGGAAAAUAUUACCCAGCAGCAAGUUCAUCUCAUGACAAACUUCGUGGUUAUGAUAUAGUUGGAACACUACCAUACAACAAGUCUGGAUCCUCUUUUGGAUUUUCUGUCAACUUGCAAGAUGGCAGUUCAACAACGGUGUGGACUGGUCAAUGUUUGAUGUGCAAUGGCAAAGAAUCAUUAGAGACAUCUUGGCUUAUGAAAUCUUAUGUUCAUUCUUGUAUCGACAAGUGGAAGUCGACACAAAUAGGAAAAGAUGUCUUCGAACGAAAAUCUACAUCAGUAAAUAUUCCUAAAGGAGAUUUAAAAACAGCACCAGAAGAAUUCGCAGGACAAACGUGCAACCUGAAUGGUACCUGGUAUAAUGAUUUUGGCUCCGAAAUUAUUUUGCAGCAAUCAAAAAGCGGAAUAAUAACAGGAGAAUUUCGAACUGCAGUUGAAGUGAAAAAAGGCAGCGCUGGUGAGACCCACGCGCUUGUGUACGGCUCUGGCGUAUAUCGACGACCCAACACAACAUUUUCAUUGGUUAUUGUUUGGAGAGACGGUGCAUCAGUAGCAGGCUGGGUGGGAGAAUGUAAUCUUUGUACGAACAACGCUGCAAGCCUUCAAAUGAACUGGUUGCUAAGAAGUAAAGUUGACAACUGCAAUGAUGAAUGGAAGUCGACAAGGUAUGGUGAGAAUACUUUCACACGUCACGAACAAAAGCCAGGACCAAGAAAGGCGCUUGGUACAAAUACGCCAAAUCGUGGGAUGGUGGAGAUCUGAACCUUGUAAAUGACUUAACUUUUACUUCCUUCAUUCAUAAAUAGAAAAUAUACACAUAGGUCUACCUGAGUACUCACUAUUUCGAUUUACUACCUUGAUUUGCAAACUAGCAGUAAUAUAAUUUUGCAUAAAUAUUACUCAAUCGUAACCAGACAGUGAUGAACAAU